AUGAAGCAAUAUUUGGAAGAUGUUGAUUCAACACAGGAGCGUGAGGUGAAUAUAGUGCGCACGGAAGGCAAUUUUCCAGAAGGUGCAGUACGACGAGCGGCCGAAAAAGCAGCGCGAAGUUUUCAAAGCACUCAACCAAAGGUACUGGUUCUUGCCUCUAAUAUUACAGACUCUAAUAUUUUGAUAAGCCGUUGUUCAAUCGCAGCGUAUUUUCACGCAAAAAAAAAGCAGUCGGUGGCUUUGGUUUGGAUUCUGUUGCUAAAAACUGCACCAUUCGAUAUUACUUUCCUGGUGAUUCUUGCGUGA